AUACAUUUCUGUUUCUACAUCUUCUGUUUCUUUACAUUUAUAACAUUUAACAAGUACGUUUAAAGCAGUUAAUGUGUGAUUAAUAAUUGAUUCGAUAAACAAAGAGUAAUGAUUUUUUACGGUGUACUCGGAGUUAUUCUGAUUCUGCUUGGCAUAAUAGUUGUUGUUGAACAAUACAUGGUACAGUAUAUAACAUAUAUUAUACAAAAGAAAGUAAACCUCGUGGAUGGUACAGCAAUUUACGAAUCGUGGAGAAAUCCUAUACCUUUACAAUUCACAUGUUACUUGUUCAAUGUUACUAAUCCUGACGACGUAAUGCGAGGGGAAAAUCCAAAUUUGGUCGAAUAUGGCCCCUUUACUUAUGACGAAACGUUCGAAAAACAAGUGAUAGAUAUUGAUGAGGAAAACGACGAAAUCACGUACACAACGAGGUCAACAUUCGCCUUCAACAAACGGCAGAGCCUGAAUGUAACUAGCCAUAAUAAAGUAACGAUAUUAAAUCCGGCAUAUAUAGGCACCAUAUCAAUGUUGGCGACCUUGCCCCCUAAUUUCAUGGAAAAAUACGGUGACCACAUACCGAAAUUAUUUCCAAACCGCAGUAGUAUUUUUCUGAAAGCUCGUCCCACCGAUCUACUGUUUAAUGGAGUUAAAGUAUCGUGCAACACGAAAAAGUUUCCUGAAUUAAAUCUCAUAUGCAAGACGAUGGAAUCUAAGCCACCACCGGUUUUAAGACGAACAGAAAAUGAAGGAGCUUAUCUCCUGAGUUUCUUUCAAAGGGUAAAUGGUACUAUUCGUGGUCCAUUUACUAUUAACAGGGGCUUAAAGAACAUAAGUCUCUUGGGCGACACAACAGCCUAUAUGGAAAAGAGAAUGCUAGAUUUGUGGUACUCUGAAAGUUGUAAUAAAGUGAGAGGAACCGACACUAUCCUUUGGGCACCAUUAGUAAAGCCAAUAUCUUCCGUUGCAUCGUUCUCGCCGGAUAUGUGCAGGUCUCUAGACGCUGAUUACGUGAAAGAAGUUACGAUACACGGUGUAAAAGGAUCGAAAUUUGCGUUAAACGAAAGGGCAUGGUUUUUGAACGAGUCACAAUGUUACUGUCCGAGGGUAAAUGAUGAAAUUAAGUGUCUGCCACAAGGUUUACUAGAUACAUCAGAAUGUCAGAAAUUACCUGUAGUUUCCUCGGAACCACACUUUCUCCACGGCGAUCCCGAGCUUCUAACGUAUGCUCGUGGCUUGAAACCCGACAAAGAUCUCCAUGAAACGUUUAUUAUUAUCGAACACGUGAGUGGCGCACCAAUUUCUGGUAAUAAGGCUUCGCAAGUAAAUCUGAAGCUGACUAGACAACCAGUGGAACUUCUCGCAAAUGUCAGCGAAGGAUACUUCCCCAUCCUAUGGUGCAAAAGUGGAGGUACGCUGGAGUUGGUUCGUAUACCGGACACGUAUCAAUUACUUCGGCUUUUACAAUUAAUUCGGUAUCUGCAAUAUCUUCCAUUGACCAUCGGUAUCUACAUUCUCCUCCUUACUGGAGUUUUAUGGGGUUGUGCUCAGCGUAAAUUGCAAACAUCAAAUUUAACGGUAGAGGAGAUUUUCGUAUCGUCGAAUUUGCAAACGAAUAGUGUCGUACGCAGGCCACCGCGACGACCCACUGAAUCGUUUGACAGACUUCAACGCGUGUAUCCUGCUUUUUAGAGCGAAAGACACGAAUGGAAAAAUAUUUUUAACAUUAUAAAAGCCUAUUUAAUAGUUAUGUAAUAGUAGAAAUCAACAGAUUUCGCGAGUGCAAUGUAGAAACAAUUAUACACAAAUUAAUGCGUUGAAAGUUUCUCGUAAUAUCCGUAUUAAAAUUCUAUUAGGGCUUCUAUAAUAAUUUAACAAUUUAUAGCAGGCAAUCGAUUUCUGUUGUAUACUGCGUUUGCAUCACGUUUGCUGAUGAAAAAACCACGCUUCACAACCGCCAUGUUUUGGGAUUCAGAUUCAUUCAAUUCAAUUGGGAGCGUUGUGUUAGAAUUCUAUAAAUAGUUUAAUAUAAAUUUUACGUACAAUCAAGUACACUUGUUUUCUUCGUAUAAAAAAUAAUUACUUCUAAUAGUUAGAUCGUUAAUUCGAUAUUUUCAAGUGCACUUACAGCUACGUUACAUAAAUGUAUGUACACUAUUAAACAAGAUUCACCCUAUCAGUAAACUCUUAUAUGUACGAAAAUCUCACUUCUCUCUUUAAAAUUCGUUUUCUUAUUGCGUAUAUUUACAAUAAAUAAAACUUUACCUCCUAUCGAUGCUCUGUUUUUAUCGUUACUUCCGUCCAAUUCUCUCUAAUUUAAAUUCGUUACAAAUAAAGAAACAAAUCCUGGGCGAAACGAUA